UAUUUUUUCGUCCCUCCAACCAAAACAUUAAUUUUUUAUACUGCUCCACCACACCAAAAGUUCACUUUAAGUUUAAACUGAUUAACAAUUUAAAACCUAUUAUCUUAUAUAAAAAUAAUUACAUACUCAGAAUCUCUCCUAAAGUACGUUAUUUAUCCAACCUGGAUUUACUUCCAACAAAUUAUGGGGCUAUCUACCUACCUAAAAAAACAAUAAUUAUGGGGCUAUCCGGGCAAUUUAUAUACUCUAUAUAUAUAUAUUUUGUUUUCAUAUCACCAGUUUGAAUGCUUAGCAGACUACAGAGAGCAUCGGGGAUCUUGUGAUGAGAAGUUCUUACAUUUUGGGUAGCAGUCUUUUCCACUUCGCCUCUGUUUCAGCGUGGUGAUGGGGGACGACUUUAGGGCUCAUAUGAUUACAGAGGUGUUAUAAAGAUGUUUGAUAAUGGCAGUUGUAUAGGAUCCUUGAGACACUCUCAGCAAUUUCUCCGGAGGGGUCACGUUCACCUCAUAAAUCGAUCUCUACUUGAAAGGCUUCACAGCGCAUUGCGGAUCCUUGAGACUCUCCAAACAAUUUCACCGGACGGAUAACGUUCACCUUAUAAAUCGGUCUCUUGUUGGAAGUUAUCAGGAAAUCAGAAAAGAGAAGAUGCAGAGCAUCAACUCCAAUGAAGAAGAGACAUUGCGAGUUCGAAAAUUAGAGAUUACAGAUAAGAGCAAGGGUUUUAUAGAACUACUGCAACAAUUAACUAUAUGCGAUUCUGUUUCUGACAAUGACUUCCAAGAAAGAUUUCAAGAGCUCAGUGCAUAUGGUGACAACCAUGUUAUAUGUGUAAUUGAAGAUGAUAGUUCUAGAAAGAUUAUUGCGACUGGGAGUGUGUUUAUUGAAAAAAAGUUCAUAAGGAAUUGUGGCAAAGUUGGGCACAUUGAAGAUGUUGUGGUUGAUUCCAGUGCUCGGGGGAAGCAAUUAGGGAAAAAAAUUGUUGGGUUCCUCAUGGAUCAUGCUUGUUCAAUGGGUUGUUACAAGGUGAUCCUUGAUUGCAGUGUUGAGAACCGAGCUUUUUACGAGAAAUGUGGUUUCAAGGAGAAAGAAGUUAAGAUGGUGAAAUAUUUCAUAUGAUGAGUGAACUUUUCUGGAGAUUUACAAUGCAAAAUUGGUUUAAUGUUGUUGGUUUUUUUUUUCUUAUUUGUAGAGGUCUGCUAAUUUCAUAACACAUAAAUGAAUCAGAGUUGUUUUUGUAGGCACAAACCCCAGCUUUUAAUAUGAUCCAUCAAUUUCAGAUUGGCAAA